AUGACAGAUCCACCCGAAGCUCGUAGUUCGUGCGGUCUGACACGCCGAGAUUCGAACGCCUGGUGGGCUUGUGACCCGGGACCGCUCGUCGAUGACUCUGGUGAACACGAGCGGGACAUUGUGCGAUUACGUGUGACCGUGGGACCAGUGUGUGGUGCGACAGGUCCAGUGUGUUCCGGGACAGUGUCCGGGACUAAGGAACAGGAAGAGACGGUAGCGACGGGCCCGCCGGCCGAGGCGUGCGCCCCAGGAGGCGUCGGCGGCGCCGGCAAACGAAGGGGAACUGUUUUGGGCCCGGCGGAGAAGCUCGAAGCCGUCAAAGUGGCUUCGUCACUGGGCCUCCAGGGGCCAUCAGCGCCGAUCGGGGCCCAACUACUGGCUACUGGUGGUUCGGAGGAUGCACCGGCCGUGUACCACGCGAAUCUGCUAGCCAGCGGCAACGCAUCCGUGCUCCAGCAGCCCGUUCUAGCGAGCCUGAACACGCCGGCACUGGCCAGCAUGCAGGCCUCUGCGGAGGCCAAUUCGCUGGACAUUCAGGCCAUGCAAUCCAUGGACUGGCUGUUCAAGAAGGAGCGCAUAUACCUGCUCGCCCAGUUCUGGCAACAGAGGGCAACGUUAGCGGAGAAGGAAGUUUCCGCGUUAAAGGAGCAACUUGCCGCAGCAAACGAUGGGAAUUCGAAGACUGAGGGACACCAAUUGUCUCAGACUAUACAGGGAAGUGAUCAGCAGCAGGUUCACGAUGCGAGCAAUCCCAGGAGAACGCCAAACAGCAACCUGGAGCAGGAGCUACAAGCGAAGGAUAAAGAGUUUUUCAAGAAACUGCAAAUAUAG